CACGAUCAUGUAAUUUUUCAUUGUUUUAAAAUUAAAAAGCCUAACAUAUUGAUAUAUAUUGAGAGAGAGAGAGAGUUAGUUACAGGAAAGUUCAGAUAGGCCGUGUUCCGCGGCAAGGUAGGAUACCGUGAUGUCCUACUUUGGUCCGCCCCAUAGGCCUAUACAAGAACAAAAUAACUUUGAUGAGGAAUCGGAAGAUUUACCAUUAUUCUUGGCGGUAUUUGAGGAAAGACGAUGGAGGGCGGAACAACUGGACCGCAUCCGAAUAUUUCUGAAUUCAGCAGUGCAGAGAGAGGCAGACCUGGGGGAACUGCUGAACUGGUUGUCUUUCACCAAGGAAUCUUUUGAACAUUUUGACCAUGAAAGAGAUUUAAAGGGGAUGGCUUCUUCAGAAUACAUAAAUGCCAUGGACAGCAAACUGAACACGUUUAUGUUUGAUCUGGAUUGCGGCAUCCACCGUUUGAACAGCCUUUGGAAAUCCGUAUAUAGCAUGAAUAUAAAGAGAAGAAAGAAAGAGGAGACUGCAAUACACAAAGGAAGUAUGUGGCACUGGUGGCGAGAGUCAAAAGUUGAUGCAGAGGCUGUCCGUCGCAUCCAGAAGCUACAACCUCCAACUGUAGAGGCCAUAUUGGAAGACGCCAGCUUUGCCACUAAAUGUGCCUUGGAGCUCACAUUUAUACUGGAAGACAUGCGGAAGUCAAUGUCUGGCAAUAAAGCUCUGUGUAUAGCCUUUCAGUUUGUCCAGACGGGCUUGCAGAACAUCAACCAGGCUUUCCAGGAAAUAUACAAGGAGUUAGCAGUGGGGAAAGAGCGCAACAGUAAAAGGAACAGCAGCAGUAAACUAUCACAGCUAAGCACUCAGCUAUACAUGGAAAGAGACAAAGUAAAAGUACUGGAAGAAAAAGUAACAGACCUGAGGGAACAGAAGCAGGCACUUCUGUUCCAUAUCCAAAAUAUUCAAGAGUACUCGCACCAGAAAGAUGUUGUCUUGCCUGAGUCAGCAGUGUACCAAAAUGUGCAAGACUCAAAGCCUAUCAUUGCUGAACCAAAUGCAAGGCACCAGGUGCUUUCAACGAACAAUAUACCCAAACCCUCCUCAAAGUCUCGGAAAAAAGGCCAAAAGCAGCAUAAUUUGACUGAUAUCUCUGAGGGUGACACCACAGAGGAGAUGACCGAGAGCAUUGUAGAACAGAUCGAGAAAAAGAGUACUCACCUACUUGAGGAGUUUCGGAAAACUGUGUUUGAAAUCGUGGAGAACUCCACAGCGUUUAAUGAUAACAAGGAAUUGGACACAGAGGUGACCAAACCCGAAAAAAUAUUGAAUCUCUAUAAGUUUUUGCAGUGCUCCAUGCACGAUUGCUUCAAUGAUAUAAUGACACACAUCCGCGGGAGAUGUAAUGAAGAAAUCAUAGAACUGCCCUUUCAGGAAAUGUCUUUGCUCGAGUCUGAGCUGUGGGAUAGUCCUGAAACAAAUCCCAGUGAUAUGCUGAAAGAUUUGAGUAAAGAGAUCAAGAACCAUAACAAGUCGAUAAAAAAUGCUGGGGCGUCUUUGAACACUCUCUUUUCACUACAAGACAAACAUGGUAAGGGUUUUGACCAGAAACGUCGUGCUACAAUGUCUCAACUCAUGGGCAUGUUUAAGAAUAUAAAUAACAUUGAAAAACAGCAGGCCUGUAAAUUGCGCCUUACCCUUGAAAGCUUGGAGGCAAUGCACAAGCGAAUGGUCGAUAAAGAGAAGCCAGCAAACAUCCAUCUCCCUUUUCCUAAAAAAACUUCAAAGAAGCCAGCUGAACCCGAGAUAGUAGAGGAAAUAGAAGAGGAAAUAGUGGGGGACAAAGUCAUCCAAGAGAUUGUGGAGGAAGAGGAACGUGUGGUUGUCGAGAAACGUAACAUGGUAGAGACACCUAUCAAGAAAGUGGUUCCGGCUGAGCUGGGACCACAUCUUGAGUCCUCUUUUAACCCUGAGCCACAGAGCCUUGACCCCAUCGGAGACGCGAAGUCUGUCCGUUCCACAGAAGACACGGAUCGAUAUGCAGAGCAGAUCUCAGAGCAGGCCCAGAGGUUAUUACAGUCGCGACUGAGUGGAUCCGUGUACGUCAUCAAUGUGGAAUCUCAGCGGGUUAAUGUAAAGCUGCUGGACCAGGCGCUGCUCAGGAUGACCAUCUCCCCGUCGCUCUACCGUUUGCUCCGGGACGUUGUCAUGCAGACACAGGACAGCGUCGAGAAUCGCCUGUGCUGCAUUAUGCAGAGGUUUAUGAGACAUGCAAGACUCCAACAAGUCUGCAAGAUUUUAAAUGGCAGAUUGCUGGAAGCUCGCAGCUUGAACGAUGGUCAUACUAUAAGAAAGUGUUACUUCUACCUGCAAAAAGUGCAAAAGCUCCAGACAAAAGUAUCCGACAGUGGUUAUACCAAGCAGACCUCAGUUGAUCACAUUCGCAAAAGCUGCAUGGCACGAAUGCUGUGCUUGUUCAACCAGAUAAAACUGGAUUAUGGCCUGCACCUGGCAGCACCCUAUUGUUGCUCGGACUGUUUGCCGAUUCUGCCGACAAUAGUGCCGAAAAAACUGCAAUGGUCGCUCAAUCCCUCCCGUUGUCAACGCAGACACUACUCGAACCCUCAACCACCUGCACUGUCCCCACUCCUCUCCUCUUUACAGCCCUCACUUCAGCUAUAUGAUCGCCAUCUGACAAUCAGCAAAAGUGACAGCACCAGUGAAAGGGUCACACCAGGGUCAGACCAAGCCAGCUAUGAGUGGUUAUGGGGGGUACAGCAGACCAGCAACAGCAUAUGGCUUACAAGCAAACAGCCCCCAGUGCUACCCCUGCCCAUCCCAACUCUUCCACGUUUGCUCGAGAUGGACGUGAACCAUGACAGAAGGAAAGCUCGGCGAACUCUACAAGACAGAAUGAAUGGAGUGCUAGGAAACCUUUUGAAAUCUAGAGGAGAUACUUAGUAUGCUGACUACAAUGAAAUAAAUUGAAUUUGCACAUUA